AUGCCCACAAAAAAGAAAAAAACGUCUCAAAGAGCAGAGAAAGAAACCAAAGAUGCGGAUGACGACGACUCGGAGGAUCAGGAACCCGAGCAGAAGAAGAAAGGCAAGCAGGUAGGUGAAUCAAAGAAUGCUAGAGAAAAGAAGAAGGGCAGUGAUGAAGAAGAAGACUCUGAUGCAAGAGGAGGGCAAGUAAAGAGCACCAAGAAUAAGAAAAAGGUUAAGAGUACAAAAGAAAAGGCCAAAGAAGAGAGUGAGGCUGAGCUGAGCAGCGAGGACAACAACAAUGAGCCAAAAGGUAAAAAGAAAGGAGAGAAACUCCCUGAUGUGAUCGAAGCCACCAGGAAACCCUCAAAGAAAUCCUCCGUCAAAGACAAGAUGGGAAAGAAGAAGAAGAAAGGUUCAGUGAAGGGCGACAGCGACGAAGACACCAAGAAGACAAAAGGCAAAAAGAAAAAGAUUGAGAACUAUGCUGAAAUUUAUGAGAAAGAACUUCGUAGCUACGAGCCCGAACGCCUGGAGGAUUACGAGGACGAGUACCACAAAAAGAAAGUUUAUGAGGUGGUGACCAUCACUGGAGAUGAGAGAGGAGCAGGAACGGACGCCAAUGUGUUCAUCACUCUCUUUGGAGAUUAUGGCAUCACACCUAAAAUUCACUUGGCCAGCAACACAGAAAAGAAGAGUCGAACGGCGUUUGAGAGAGCCAAAACAGACGUUUUCAGAAUCAGAACUCACAAUGUGGGACCCCUGAAAAAGAUAAGGAUUGAACACGACAGCACCGGCUUGAGUGCGAGCUGGUUCCUGGACCGAGUCGUCAUCACAGAUGUGAUCCGACCUCACUUGAGGUUCUACUUUGCUUGUAACAACUGGCUCAGUCGAGAGGAAGGAGAUGGUCUGUGUGCUCGAGACCUGCUGGCCACCAUGGACCCCAUGGACAUGCCCAAAUAUAAUAAAUAUGCAGUGAGUGUUUUCACUGCUGACAUGAAAGGAAGCGGCACCGACGCAGACGUUUUCAUCAACAUCUUUGGGGAAUUUGGGGAUACAGGGGAGAGGCGGCUUGACAGCGACAAAAACAACUUUGAAAAAGGCACAGAGGACAAGUUCACCUUUGAUGCACCAAAUUUGGGAAAAAUUAGGAAGAUAACCAUCGGCCAUAAUAACAAAGGCUCAUCAGCAGGAUGGUUUGUGGAAAAGGUGGUUUUGGAUGACAUGGGAAACAAAGUGGUGUACGAAUUUCCCAUUGAACGAUGGUUUGCUCUGGACGAGGAUGAUGGGAAGAUUCAGAGGGACUGCUUGGUUGGAGGAAAUCAGCCAACAGGUAUCGUGUACAACGUGCAGAUUGUGACAGGAAACAUCCGAGGAGCAGGGACCAACUCCAAAAUCCACAUAGUGAUGCAUGGUACCAAAGGUCUAAAGAACAGCGGCAAGGUAUUUUUGGAAGGAGGGAAGUUUGAGCGAAGUCUGACGGACAUCUUUAACGUUGAGAUCGCCGCGCUCCUUAGUCCCCUCAGCAGAGUUACGAUCGGACACGAUAACGAUGGAGUAAACGCUGGGUGGUACUGCGAGAAGGUGGUUGUGUACUGUUCAUUCACAGGGAUAGAGCAGACCUUCCCCUGUGGGAAAUGGCUGGAUGAGAAGGAAGGAGACGGGCUGAUAGAAAGAGAGCUGUAUGAGAUGGUGUCACUCAGACACCGGAGACAGAAGAAACACCCCUGGUCUCUUUGGAUCUGGACGUCAGACCUGCCCGGAGCAGGAACCGAUGCAGACAUCUCCUUUCAGGUGUAUGGAGACAAGGGCAAGUCGGAUGAGAUGAGGCUGGACAAUAAAUCUGACAACUUUGAACAGGGGCAGACUGAUAAAUUUAUGGUAAGUAUUAUAUAAUUUUACAAAACAUACAUUUAAAAGAGCAAAAAGUAAGAAUUGUACAGUGAAAUAAUCACAAAACAGUCCAAUGUCUCAAUCAUGUUGGAAGGAAGGUUAUACUGAAAAAGGUUUCCUUCUCAACCAGCUAGGAGGGGUUUCAGUUUUUCAACUUUAGAAAAAAAACAAAAGGGGGACAAAGUAGCUGCGGCGUUUGUAAUUCAACACUAACCAGGACAAAGCUCCAGAGCUGUUUAAAAAAAAAGGCUGUAAACUGACUAUGGUCGACCCAUAAGUAAUUUCUUGUACCCCUAAGAUUCUUUUUGCUUUACUCUACUAUCUGGUGAAAGCUACAAAAUAGCACUGAGCUAACAAUGCUAACAGUGAUUUAGAAACAAAUGGUCAGCUCUGGAAAUAUCCCAAACUUUUUACCAACAACUCGAUAUCACAGUGAAAUGUGUGGGAAGUGGAUGUUGAGUCAAUCGUGGUGUUUUACUUCCUUUAUAAGGCGUUCGGAACAUCAACAUAUAAAUAUUGGACAAUGGGUUUCCAUGGGCUCCAAUAACACAUUUUUGAAGAUAAAUGGGAGGUGGCCACCACCGCCAUUUUGACCGUGUCACAGGUUCCGUCAAACCCAGACAAUUCCACAAAAGGGAAGAGAGGUGGAGCUGAGGGUGGGGCUGUAAGGCUGGGAUCAACUGACGACACCCGGUCGAACUAGCUACAAGCUAACCCGAAGCUAAUCCAAAGCUAAUGCGGAGGUGGGAGCUAAGCUAACGGAGGUAGCAACCUAGCUACAACCGGAGUUACCUGUGCACAACACCAGAGCUUCUGAGUAAGAGAUACGCCAGGCUGACCGCUGGGUAAAACAGGGUGGAACACAGAGGUCUCCGAGAGCUCCACAAGCCGGCAGCCGCACAGCAGACAAGCGCCGCUGCGAUCUGAGAUGCGCAGAGCAGCCACUGGGGAGAACCGGGUGGAAAGGUUUCCAUCCCAGAGCUCCACAAGCCGGCAGCCCGUGCAGCAGUCAGGAGCCGCGAUCAGACAGAGAUGCGCCGAGCUGCGGGGAGGGGAGAAACG